AUUUGGGGAUUAGCUGUACUCACAACCUGUGCAGAUGAUCCGUGCAUACCAUCAAGGACACUUUUUUCUUGGUCCUUAUUCCUUGGGACUUUAGAUCUGAUUCAGGUUUUCCUGUCUUUAUAGGCUUCUGUAUUAAAAGAUCUAAAGCACCUCAAUUUCUCUUCGAACCCAGAAAUCCGAUACAUGCAUUUAGAAUCUUAUCUUUGUAGCUGGGUAUAUGGCACGCCCAAAUUUUCAUGCUCUUGGAGUUUUGCACAACUCUUCCGACGGCCAGCUUGUCCACUCACCCUGCUCCGUUCGACGAGCUCUUUUGCACCAACGACAAGAACAAAGGGUUCAUAAGGUCUCGGAGGCAUCUCUAAGGAUGUUGGACGCCUGCGGCACUGCUCAAGAUGUUCUCUUACUCGUCAAAGAACAACUCAAAGAUCUUCAAUUUACGUUUGGUCGGGGGCGCAUUGGCGAGCCGGAAAUUGGCAACAAGAUUGCAGCUUAUAAUCUCGGUAGAAAGAUGUUGAAGAUAGAAACAUUGAAUCGCUUGAAUUCUUUAAAAGGCAUGAAGAUAAAAGGUGUGAGGAACAAGUGCAUUAAUCCGCACCUCUCAUCAAUAGAUGACAACCUUAAAGGCGUAGUGAAUGUGCUAAAGGAAGUGAGAAUGACUGCUAUUUCUAUAAUGGAGGUACUGUUGUCCCUCAUUUCCAUAUCAUGGCUAGAUCACAAAUCGGUUAAAUGGUCGUUUGCUUCGAGGCUUGUUCGCUUUAAUAGCCAUAGACUAAACAUUAUUUGCGAUUUGAUGGCGCUCCAGGAUACGAAUAAAAGACUGGAGGCCGUGGAGAUUGCCAUUGAAGAUCUUGAAGUGGAGUUGGAGUGCAUGUUUAGGCGUUUGAUUCAGAUAAGAGUUUCACUUCUCAACAUUCUAACAAACUAGCUAGCUGGAUGCAAGCAACGGUACUGGAAAUCCCAUCUGAUCUCCUGUCAGUGGACAUGCAAAGACAAUCGACCUAAGACAACCUCAGAGGCUAUUAAACUAUGAACUGAUUCCGCAAAAGUUCAAAUUUCGCGCACGUCCAUUUUUGCAUAUAUCGUCAUGUGAUCGCUCACAGCCUAAAUAAAUCUUUGCAGGUAUCCGGGCAGUUUAUAACCAUUUUAUUCGGCUUAUAUCUGAUGAGUGAUGAAGACAAGGGAAGGCAACAUUUUGUUUACCAUGUGUAAUCAGCUUUUGAUUUAUGGCCCUCUGAGAGGUCAUUGUCCCACGUAUGUGGAUGCCUCAUGUGCUAGCUUGUUUCAAUAUUUAAACGGUUGUUUCAAUACCUUUAUUUCCUGUCUCCAAAAUGCUUGUCUGAACCCAAGCUUUUCCAUUUCUCUCUUAUUCCCCUUUUUGUUUCUAAUUAAAGAACCACGCAAACGAUUGCAACUUGGGAGGUUCUUAACUUGCCUCGAAAUUUCAGGAGAAAAAUCAUAUCGGUGCCAGGAAGGAAUUAAUGUUCAAACUUUAAGUAGUUUUCAGUCAAACUUGGUUGGAGAGGACGACGAACUACGUUAUACUUCAGGUCGACGUUUCCAAUACAAG